UUCCGAUAGGGCUAUAUUGGCCAGCGUCCAUAUCAUAGAUGAAACAGAGCUGUGGACUUUCCAUGCCAUGUCCCGCACCUACUGCAUUUGAUUACCCAACGACGAGUCGACUUGAAACUAGAUUGGAGAAAUUUCCAUUACCACGUGCGGACACUUUCAGAGCAGUGUCGGUAAAGGACCCCGUGGACGCCGACAGAGAGAACCGCUGUUUCGCACAGUGCCUUCGAGUGGAUCAGUGUUUGAAGUGCAAAUACGAGUUUUCUCGCUCAUGCAGACCGACAGUACAUUCGGCGACUUUCAACCACGGCACAAGACGAAUGCCAAUGUUCCUGACAGAGUUGUCAUCCGUGCGACGUCACUGAUGUCACAAUAAAGCGAGAUUGAACCAGAAGCAGCGG